AUGGAAUCUCAGCCAGACUUCAAGGUAUUAAUUGUAGGUGCAGGCAUUUGCGGUCUUCUCAUCGCCCAAGGUCUCAAGAAACAUGGCAUCGCCUUCGAGAUUUUCGAGCAAGAGUCCACGGCCGGCCGUUCGCGAGACUGGGGCAUGGCGUACUUCUGGUCGGCAGACUACCUGCCUUAUCUUCUCCCCCAGGAGCUUGUAGAUCGCUUGCCAGAGGUGCAAGUUGAUCCAUUUUACAAGGCUCAGCCGGUGGAAAGUAUGACUGUUACGAACGGACUGGAUGGGUCGGCCAUUAAGGUUGUACCAAGCCCUGGUGGGAGGAGAGUCGGGAGGAAGGCGACGAGGAGGCUUAUGGCGGAGGGCAUUGAUAUAAAGUUCAACCAUCGCUUGAAGUCCAUUUCGUAUCCAACAGCAUCCACGGUUGAAGUCUCUUUCGAGAACGGCACCAAGGCCAGCGGAAACGUGUUGAUCGGCGCAGACGGCGGAGGCUCGCGGGUUCGGCGUUCAUUGUUGGGCUCACUGGCUGAGCCCAAACCAUUGCCAAUCUACAUGGUGAACUUCAAUGCGCGGUACCGUAACCCCGAUCAUGCUGUGUUUAUCCGCUCCAACCUCCGGCACUUCGUCGACCAUGGCGUCCAUCCCAAAGGCAUGUUCUUCCUGAUGACAUUGCAAUCUGUCCCGGAUCCGAAAAAGCCAGAAACAUGGAGCUUCCAGAUCACAAUCACUUGGCCACCAGAACUGAGUCCGAACAAGCAAGAUCCGGAGCCGCCGCAUACGUUGCAGGAUCUCCAGGCGUUGACCAAAGAUUGGGCGAGUCCGAAGAGGGAGGCAAUCGAUUGGCUUUGCGACUCCGAUGUCACGGUCACAGAUGGUUUCUUCAGCAAAAACGGCACUCAUUCGACCACCGCAGCAGUGGAGGAGACCGAUCCAUGGCAGCUGGUCAUCCCAAGCGAUCGCGUCUCCAUCUGGCUUCCAGUAUUGUGGGACAACCACGAAGGCAGAGUGACUCUUGCUGGAGAUGCUGCUCAUGCGAUGACAUUUCACCGCGGCCAGGGGUUGAAUAACUGUAUCAGGGACGCAAAGGAGAUCGUUUCUGGGUUGAAGAAGCAUGUUAAGGGCGAGACGGCUCUGUCGGGAGUCGUGGCGGCUUACGAGAAGGAAAUGCUUGAUCGAGGCUCAGCGGAGGUCAAAACUUCAAUGGAGCAGACACUGAAGUGUCACAACUGGGAGAAGUUCCAGCACAGUCCGGUGAUGAAGAUUGGUGGUAGUCCGAUCAGACAUGUGGAGAACACCGAAUGGAAAAAGAUACUCGCUGAGCAGGCAAUGGAAGCGUAG